GUGACACAGAAGGAGCUGGCGCAAUACGAUGGAGCGGAUCCGACGAAACCGAUCUACCUGGCGAUCAAGGGCGAGGUGUUUGAUGUGUCCGCGGGCCGGCCGUAUUAUAGCCGGGGCGGUGGGUACGGGUUCUUUUCUGGGAAGGAUGCGUCGCGUGCGUAUACGACGGGAUGUUUCCAGACACAUCUGACGCAUGAUGUGCGAGGACUUGGUCCACAGCAAUUGAAGGAAAUUGAAGGGUGGGCCAAUUUCUACAGGAACCAUCCAAAGUAUUUCAAGGUCGGUACUGUUGUGUUGGAUCCGAUCGAUCCAAAUUCGCCUCUGCCGGAAGACUGCAACAAGCCCGUGGCGCCCAAGCCUGCGUCGUCGUAG